CAACAUCCCAGGCCAGACCUCGUUGCUGUUCUUCCUUCCACCGAUAUACCUUGUCCCUCACGAUUAGCGCGUCCUUUACACGACUCUCCUCAUUUGUACAGAACAGCUGGCCGACUUCGGAGCUUAGUGUGCAGAUUCCCCUCCAGCUUGACGAUCGAAACCGGGCGACGAAGUAUUUGCUGCGAGUCAAGCUACUAGCUUCAAACCUAGUGCAAACAGAGUGCAUUCGACUUUGUUACGGAACUGUGGUUAUUCUUCGGAUCGCCUUUUCUACGACUUGACUGGGUUAGGCGACCUCGAGUGGUGGUGCGAUUUUCGUUACUUGGAUUGUUUUUCCGUUCGGGAUACCGGUGCUUCAACAGUACUUCACCCUCGCACAUUUGAUCAUCAUGUCGCUUCACUCUUAUAUCAACAUUAUUUUUGCCCGGCGUAUAGAGAAAGUAUGCAUCCUGACGGUUGACGGCCGCACACUGCUGGGAACAUUACUCUCUACCGACCAGCUAACGAACCUGGUUCUCCUGGACACGAUCGAGCGAAUCAUCCGCACCCCCGACGACCCGGAACCAAGCUCCCAGAUUGAGCAUGGGCUGUAUCUGAUCCGAGGCGACAACGUUGUUUUAUGCGGAGAGGUUGACGAAGCCAUUGACAAUGACAUCGACUGGACGAAGGUUAGGGGAGAAGUGGUCAAAGGCACCAAGAACGCAUGA